AUGGAAACUGAAAAUAACGUCCCUACUCCUGCUCAAUUCAGUGACGACACUGCAGUGUGCAUCGUUUCUGUGAAAGGCUUGAAGGAUAACUGGCAGAAGUGGUCUGAUGAGCACCAGGAAUACCAGAAGCAUAAUCCCUUCAGUCACGACACCAGGCCCAACGUAGUGGUCCCUCAGAGGGGGCAGGAUGACUACGGGAGGCCCCUGCAGGGCUCUUUGACCGAGCAGCGGGGGAAGGAUGCUCACACACACAUCAGCAAGGAGGUUGAGGAGCUGUGUGAGGUGAUAAGGAACAUCGGAGAGCAGAGAGACAAAAAGGGGGCUGGGAGCGGCAUCGAUGGGAAAGUGAUCACUGUAGAAUUUGGGAAACUGUUUGAGCAUUAUGUGACUAUCUCUAAUAAACUGGUGGGGAUUCUCCUUCGAGCACGGAAGCAGAAGCUGGUUGACUUUGACGGGGAGAUGCUGUGGCAGGGGAAGGAUGAUCGUGUACUGAUCACUUUGUUGUAG